CGCGUUUCCAAUCCAUCAUUUAACCAAACUACAAAUUAAAUAUAUUUAUUAUAAUUAAAUUUACAUUAAAUUAAUUGACGAUAAAAUGGGUUUCGAGUGGUCACUGAUUACUACGAACGCCGCACACCUGACAGUACCGCCCGAAGCCAAGUGUUGCUUAUGUCGACUUCUGGUGGACAACGGGUGCCGACUGUCCGGUUGCGGUCACAGCGCCUGUUAUACAUGUCAGACUGAAUUGGGCCGACGCUCGCCAUUUUGCCCGCUCGACGACCAGCCGUUCAGCCACUCGGCACCCAUUGGUCUGGCCGUCGAGACACACAACUGGCUCCGAGAUGUACGGCUCAAGUGUCGCUGGUUUGACGGCGACGUGUGUACGGCUACGGCCAUAGCUCUAAGCGCCGUUCAUCGGCACGAAGAUCAGUGUCCCAAUAGACCCGGACUGCGGCCGCACACAACCGCCACACCGAGUCGACCGAUUGGUCCGCUAUACGCGUGCCGACACUGCCAUCACGUGUACUCAUAUCCGUUAAUCGGACGACUGUGCGGACAAUGCGGUCAAAGCACAACAACGCCGGAGAUGAUCCGCUUUCCGCACGUAGUGCUGGUCGAGUACGUAAUGUUUGGCACAUUUGUGGCCACAAUCACUGGUAUGGAUGUGACCGCAAAGGGACUCAAAAUGAAACGAGUGCUUAAGAACUGCUCGAAUUCGACCAUAAGGUUCCGGUUGGCCAUUGACUUGCAUUUCCGAGAUAUGCGACAAUUGUAUUACUGUUUGAGUCCAUCGCUUCCGGCGCUGUUCGUGCGGCUCAACAACGAGGCCAACGUCCGGCUCCAGGAGGACCUGUGUAUCGGCGACCGAUCGCCCAAUGGUUUCAAAUUUGACGUCAAAUCUCAAGAUCCUCGGGAACAGUACGUGAUUGUGAUGUUAAAAGACAAGAUUGUGAACAACUUUGCCAAAGCACUGGCCGAGUGUGUGACACAUGAGCGCCCGGACUCCGACACAAUUUGCAUGGCUUUAGAUGAGUCGGACAGUUGGCAACUGUUGAUGAGGGCCCGCAGUAAAUGUGAUAGCGUUAUGAACAGCGGACAUUUCUACACACAUUUAAUUUAAUAUGGUUACUUAAUACUACUGUAUACUGUACAUGUUCAUUUCUAGAUUGUUAUUCUGG